AUGGGAAGUAAUUAUGUUCGAGCUGCUAUUGAUGCGCCAACAACAAGCGGAGUAGACACAUCCACUGCGGUCGCAGCAGCAGCAGCAGGAGCAGCAACAGCACCGGAAACAACGGGACCGGUACCAAUGGAAACGGAUGAAGUGAAAACCACACCUGCUGAAACUGCUAAAGUUCCUACGCCGCUAAAAUCAGAAUCCACUGAAACGGCUGUUGCGGCUGUGCCCGGAGAUUCAGAAGAGCAAAAAAGUGAAGAGAAGAAGACUGGAGCGGAUACUGAGGGAGCACAAGAAUCUGUCAGUUUUGAAAAGGAUAAAGUUGUCUGUGAACGAUUACGAUCAAUUUUGUGCGGUGAACAAACAAUAAAACAUCAUAUGCAAUUUCUGAUCAAAAACAACCAUACAGAUAUGCUAAUUCUGAAGCAAACCAAAGAAAGUGUGCGUACAGCAUCGACACAUAAUGCAACUGGUCAUGAGGCGAAUGCAUUAAAGCUACUGGAUCCGUAUUUGCCGAAAGGUGAAGCUGAUCAGUUUGGUUUCAAAGAAGGUGGUUCAUUAUAUGCCUAUGGUAAGCCUUUCAGCUAA